AUGAAUUUCAGUCGCGUGGAUCAGUUUCGAAAACAUCCCAUACUAGAGUCCAGAAUUAAGCCACCCAGUAACAGGUCGAACCUUGUGAAUAUUUAUGAAAAAACCAAAUUAUUGCGAACCGUGCUAGAAAGACAUCUUGAUUUUUCAGAAUUUGAAAGUCCUACUUCGUUUCCAACCUUUAACGAAACGCGCCACAGCUCCUUGGGAAUACUACAGCCACAUGAAAUGGACUUGGGUAGCGGGAAUACCACCGACUUUUCCGAAGGCAUUCUAACGGAAUCUCAGAUGAACAUCGGUAGUUUUGAAGAUUUAGGUUCAAAGAACUGUUCGGAUUACUUACUAAAACGCUUACAUAAGCAAAUUGUACUGCACAACAUUCUGCUAGACGCGUCGGAAAAGUUUCCAAAAUCGCCAUCCAUUGAGAAUCUAGUUAAGAAAUGCAUGCAAGGAACGCAAGCACUCGAAGAAUUGAAAGAGCGAGUGGCCGCAUUUAAAUUGAAGAAGCAGUCACAGACACCAGGCAGAAUGCAGACACUGCUUCGGAACUUCCCAAACAUUCUCCGUAAUGCAGUCGAUUGUGCGGAGGAGCUGCAAGGUUUGUCCGAAUCGAUUUCCUACGGUUCCGAAUCAGGCGAAGGUGGCAUGAGCCAAAGCUCCUCCAUUGCAGCAGACGUCAUCAAGGAUAUAUCCAUCCGUUUAAGGGAAAUCGAGAACGCUUGGAAGAAUGUACCGCUCCCGGAAGAGGAACGUUCUUCCUUCGGUCUUUUACAUCAAUCGCAAACGAAAGGAUGGGACGCGUUUUUGAACGAUUCAAGCUCACUGGCCAACACCUUUGAUCGGGUUAACCGUUCCAUAAAGGAAGUGCUCCAAACUCCCAACACGGCCAGUCUCAAUAGGUUGAAAAGCGAAUUGAGAGAAUGUGAAACUUUUCUUACGAACCUCACACAAGAUCAGUCUCUGUUGUUCGAUGAAACAAUGCCCGCCUUUGAAGACCCGUCCGAGGAGGAGUCUCUGUUGCACGAAAUUCUCGACGAGCUUGACAAAUCAGCGUUGUCGGAGAUAGAGGCUUUCCUUGAUGUGUGGAAAAGUCCGGAAAGGGAACGUUUUCUUCAGAUUUCCGAAGACGCGAUCAACGAUCUUUCCAGCUUGCGAGAUGAAACUAGCCACAUGCUGGAACAGAUUGUCACCAAAAAGUCCAGCUCUCCAUCUGCCUCUGAUAGACGUAAAAACUUAAUUCAAAGACUGGAUGCCAUAAGAGCUAGUGUCCAACCGAAUGUUAGCAGAACUCCGAUAGUUUUGAAAGAUUAUCUGGAUGAGAGCGAUAUGGUCACAGAGCGUAGCCCUUACUUGCCCAGUGAUGGCGUCGAAACAACAGGAAAGAAAACAGUCCAGUUCCCAUCGCUUCCUGGUGACCAACCUGUCCAGAACCUACCAUCGACCGCCAAUCCGCAGGAAGUUCAAGCUAGAUUGGCGAUUCUGCUGGCAGAAAUGGAUCGUUUCCAACAAGACCUGAAAAGCCGUGCCCACGCUCCGCCGCAACCGCCAAGUGCGAAUGAGAGUACAAACGAUUUGUUCCAACAACAACUUGAUCAGCUCAUGGCGAUGAUUGCGGAUCUAAUUGCAUUUCUACGAUCAAAUUGA